AACAAUCUUCGAUAAUGACUUCAUCAGCACAGUAUUGCGGCUACUGGUAUUUCCAGUGCAGACAUUAUGUUCAAUGUAUUUAUCGAUCUUAUGUUUGUGAUGGUAGACGGAAUUGUUAUGACGGUAGUGACGAAGAUGACUGUUCUUCGAGAGGUUGGUUUUUAACUCUUUGGGAAUUUUUGUUCUAGUUUAUUGUUGUGAUUUCUUCUCCCUGAAUAUUUCCUCAUCAAUUCUAAAUUAACAACUUUCUCUACAUGGCAUUACUGUACCUGUAUGCUUAAUUUAAUGGGGUUGGAGUCAUGGAUGACGUGAUGUCUCGGUAAUCACGCACGCAUUGAAUUCUUAAAUAUUCAAUCAUAGCAAUUGGCCUUUUAAUAGUUGGGACCCUAUUGAUUGAAACAGUGGCAUAAACUAUAUGAACACACAGCGUAUUAUUUUAUGAUUUUUCAGAAACUUCUUCUAUAAGACCUUCUUCUACUGUAAAUAUACAAGGUGAAUAAAAUAUUUUGAUGUAUUUGUUAUAUGCUUGACUUUAUAUAAUACCUUGUUGAAUUCUGAUCGUUUAAUUGGCUGUUUAUGGUCACGUGAUAUUGAAUAGAAAAUUCCAUUUCCCAAGAGUGCAAUGGAAUAUGUUCCAUUGCACUCUUUCUUUGCGAGUGCAAUUGUACUUAGUAUACGUUUUAUUCCAUUGCACUCUUUGUGUUUUCGAUAAAUUGCAUCCGUCAAAAUGCUUCUCGUAUGAAUCUAUUAGUCUAUUUUGGCAUUAUAUACAAAUAAUGAAUGGUAGGAAUAUUAAGAAUUCGUGAUAAUGGUUUGUGAGAAUUAAUAAUAAUGGUAAGAAUUCGUGCAAUGCUAAUGGUAAAAAUAUUUUCAUUCGGUGGAACAUUCCAUCUUUCACCGAAUGAAAAUAUUCUUACCAUUGCACUCAUCAACAUUCAUUAUUUGUAUUAUGUAACAGUGUGAACGAGUAUUUAGAAUGAAUAAUAAAGGAUUUAUUGUGUAAUUAGACUAACAAUAGAUUGAUAAAUUAUAGCCUCUAAUAGACAGACUGUUUAUAGGGCUAUAGAUGCUAAACAUUGGUUAAUAGGUAGGAAUGACCGGAUUGAAAUAGUGAGGAAAACCUAUUGCUUUUAGAUUUAUCAAAAUCUUGAGUAAUCACGCAUUAAAUGUUAAUUCCAUUUAGCAACGCAAACUGUUUGUUUAUACUGGCAAUUCAGAUGUAACAAUGGUUACGAAUGUGUGAGUCGACAUUAUGUUUGUGAUGGAUGGAAUUAUUGCUCUGAUGGUAGUGAUGAAUGGAAUUGUGGUAUAUGUAUUUAUUUUACUAUCAAGUCAUUCUCCUAUCUCAACUGACAGAAAAGAUUUUUGUAAAAGGUUAAAUUGUUGAUUUAUUUUUAUAGAAAGUCAUUCCAGUGCAUCAAUUCAACCUUCGUCAACUGGUGAGCAUAAUUUAAAGAUCUUUCGAUUAAUUUCAUGUGUGCUAUUUGAUGAACUCUGUUGAAUAUUGAUAGUCGUCGUCGUCUUUGCGUCGUUGCUCUCCUGUUAACUGAUAGCCUUCAUCCUGCUAUUUUACAGAAAGAUAUUAUGAUUCUUUCAUGCAUUCUAGUUUAAUGCUUUUCUGUCUCUUGUAAUUAAUAAUGUUUACUGUCAGUUCUUUUAUUCCACAACUCAUAUAGCUCUUCUCUCACUUUUCCGUUCUCUUUGUGCUCCAUAAUGUCUCUGAAAGGCUCUCCUCUAUCACACCUUAUCACGAGUCCAUAACAUCCCAGCUUUAUUCUUAGCUUUUUUUCAAUGUUUAUGGUACCUCGCAUCUUUUUCUGAUCUCUCCACUCCACACUAUAUUUGACAGACUUUCUUUCAUCUCUUCUUCUCAUAUAGUAUCAUCCAACCUUGCUUGCUUCACAUUCACCGUAAUACCUAUACCACCCCACAUGUUCUUCUGAUUUCUUAUUAUAUAUGAGCGGCUUUCUUUAGUUACUUCCCACAUUUUCUUCUGAUCUGUUCGUUUUUCAUCUUGACCUUAGUCGAAACUUGCCAUUUGUAUCCCUUUUCUUUUCACAAGAAUUGUUAGGUUUACUGAGUCUAAAUCCUUGCAUUACCCAGCAUUUGAGCCCCAGCAUUGUUUUUGUAAAUUUUAAAAUUCAGAAACUGUGAAGACUAGAUUUAGAAACAGUGAAGACUACCAAUUCGUCUUGGACGAAGAAUGAAAUUUUCUCUUAUAAACUCCUGCCAGAAUUCGUCUUAUUUGCCAGGAUAUCUUGUUUACAAAAAAAGCUCUCGGCUUUUGACAUGCAUGUUUCUUUUUAUAUAGAACAAUCUUCGAUAAUGACUUCAUCAGCACAGUAUUGCGGCUACUGGUAUUUCCAGUGCAGACAUUAUGUUCAAUGUAUUUAUCGAUCCUAUGUUUGUGAUGGUAGACGGAAUUGUUAUGACGGUAGUGACGAAGAUGACUGUUCUUCAAGAGGUUGGUUUUUAACUCUUAUCUUUAACUUUUAUCUGUUUGUGAUUUCUGAUGUAUCGGUAAUCACGAAUGCAUUGAAUUCAUAAAUAUUGAUCAAACAGGGCCAUAGUAAUUGGCCUUUUAAUGGUUGGGACCCUAUUGAUUGAAACAGUGGCAUAAACUAUUUGAACACACAACGUAUUAUUUUAUGAUUUUUCAGAAACUUCUUCUAUAAGACUUUCUUCUACUGUAAAUGUACAAGGUGAAUAAAAUAUUUUGAUGUAUUUGUUAUAUGCUUGACUUUAUAUAAUACCUUGUUGAAUUCUGAUCAUUUAAUUAGCUGUUUAUGGUCACGUGAUAUUGAAUAGAAAAUUCGAUUUCCCAAGAGUGCAAUGGAAUACGUUCCAUUGUACUCUUUCUUUGCGAGAGGAAUUGUACAAUACGUUUUAUUCCAUUGCACUCUUUGUGUUUUCGAUAAAUUGCAUCCGUCAAAAUGCUUCUCGUAUGAAUUUAUUGGUCUAUUUUGGUAUUAUAUACAAAUAAUGAAUGGUAGGAAUAUUAAGAAUUCGUGAUAAUGGUUCGUGAGAACUAAUAAUAAUGUGAAGAAUUCGUGCAAUGCUAAUGGUAAGAAUAUUUUAAUUUGGUGGAACAUUCCAUCUUUCACCGAAUGAAAAUAUUCUUACCAUUGCACUCAUAAACAUUCAUUAUUUGUAUAAUGUAACAAUGUGAACGAGUAUUUAGAAUAAAUAGUAAAAGAUUUAUUAUGUAAUUAGACUAACAAUAGAUUGAUGAAUUAUAGACGCUAAACAUUGGUUAAGAUAGGUAGAGGAAUGACCAGAUUGAAAUAGUGAGGAAAACCUAAUGCUUUUAGAUUUACCAAAAUCUUCAAUGACCGCGCAUUAAAUGUUAAUUUUAUUUAGCAACGCAAACUGUUUGUUCAUACUGGCAAUUCAGAUGUAACAAUGGUUACGAAUGCGUGAAUCGAUACUAUGUUUGUGAUGGAUGGAAUUAUUGCUCUGAUGGUAGUGAUGAAUGGAAUUGUGGUAUGUAUUCAUACUAACACGCCGACAAAAUCUCCCUGAAUAGUCCCUCACAAAUUCUAAAUUAAAAACUUUUUCCUCGUGGCAUUUAAUGCCUUUAUACAUACAUACAUACAAAAAUUUAUUUAAGCACGCUGGCCUCAGUGGGCAAUCAGGAAUGGAGUAACCACGCUUUGAAUUUAUAAAUAUUCGAUCAAACAGGACCAUAACCGAAUUCCAUGUUGAUUCAAAUGGUAGCAUAAACUAUAUGAACAUAGAACGUAUUUUUUAUGAUUUUUCAGAAUAUUCUUCUAUAAGUCCUUCUUCUUCUGUAAAUGUACAAGGUAAAUAAAAUAUUUUUGUGCGUUUGGUGUAUGCUUAUAUAUAACUAUGCAGAGCGUGAACGAACAUUUAGAAUGAAUAGAAGAGGAUUUACUGUGUAUUAGACUAACAACAGACUUUUAAAUUAUAGCUUCUAGUGGACAAACACGAAAUAAUAAUUUAAAGGUUUUUUUAUUUAAGAAAGGAGUGAACUUUUUUCUCAAUAUACUGUAGUUGUAUCAUCAUCACAGAGUGCUUGUCAGUAUUAUGAAUUCAGAUGUAACAAUGGAUACCAAUGUGUGCAUCAGUAUUAUGUUUGUGAUGGACGGAAUCAUUGCUAUGAUGGUAGUGAUGAAUGGAACUGUGGUAUGUAUUCAUACUAACUGAUCUGAAAAAAUCCCCCCUGAAUAUUCUCUCACAAAUUCUAAACUAACAACUUUCUCCACAUGGCAUUUAGUUCCUUUAUGGGUCAUGAGGAUUGGAGUCAUCCACGUCUCUGUGACCACGCAUUGAAUUCAUAAAUAUUCAAUUGAACAGGGCCAUAAGCAAUUGGCCUUUUAAUAGUUGGGGCCCCUGUUGAUUCAAAUGGUAGCAUAAACUAUGAACAUAUAACGUAUUGUUUUAUGAAUUUUUAGGAUAUUCUUCUAUUAGUCCUUCUUCUACUGUAAAUGUACAAGGUGAAUAAAAUAUUUUGAUGUGUUUGUUGUAUGCUUAAGUACAGUGCUUACAUGCAAGAGUGUCGAACGAAUAUUUAGAAUGAAUAGUAUAGAGGAUUUACUAUGUAUUAGACUAACGACAGACUAUUAAAUUAUAGCUUCUAAUGGACAAAUGCGAAAUAAUAAUUUUAAGGUUUUCUAUUUAAGAGAGGAGUAAAUUGUUUUCUUAAUAUAUAGUUGCAUCAUCAUCACAGAGUGCUUGUCAGUAUUAUGAAUUCAGAUGUAACAAUGGGUACCAAUGUGUGCAUCAGUAUUAUGUUUGUGAUGGACGGAAUCAUUGCUCUGAUGGUAGUGAUGAAUGGAACUGUGGUAUGUAUUCAUACUAACUGAUCUGAAAAAAAAAACCCUGAAUAUUCUCUCACAAAUUCUAAACUAACAACUUUCUCCACAUGGCAUUUAAUUCCUGUAUGGGUCAUGAGGAUUGGAGUCAUCCACGUCUCUGUGACCACACAUUGAAUUCAUAAAUAUUCAAUUGAACAGGGCCAUAGCAAUUGGCCUUUUAAUAGUUGGGGCCCCUGUUGAUUCAAAUGGUAGCAUAAACUAUGAACAUAUAACGUAUUGUUUUAUGAAUUUUUAGGAUAUUCUUCUAUUAGUCCUUCUUCUACUGUAAAUGUACAAGGUGAAUAAAAUAUUUUGAUGUGUUUGUUGUAUGCUUAAGUACAGUGCUUAUAUGCAAGAAUGUCGAACGAAUAUUUAGAAUGAAUAGUAUAGAGGAUUUACUAUGUAUUAGACUAACGACAGAUUAUUAAAUUAUAGCUUCUAAUGGACAAAUGCGAAAUAAUAAUUUAAAGGUUUUCUAUUUAAGAGAGGAGUAAAUUUUUUUCUUAAUAUAUAGUUGCAUCAUCAUCACAGAGUGCUUGUCAGUAUUAUGAAUUCAGAUGUAACAAUGGGUACCAAUGUGUGUAUCAGUGGUAUGUAUGUGAUGGACGGAAUCAUUGCUCUGAUGGUAGUGAUGAAUGGAACUGUGGUAUGUAUUUAUACUAACAUCUCAAAAAAAAUCCCCCUGAAUAUUUUCUCACAAAUUCUAAAUUAACAACUUUCUCCUCAUGGCAUUUAAUGCUUUUAUGGUAAUGAGGAAUGGAGUAACCACGCUUUAAAUUCAUAAAUAUUCGAUCAAACAGGGCCAUAACCGAAUUCCCUGUUGAUUCAAAUGGUAGCAUAAACUAUAUGAACAUAUAUAACGUAUUAUUUUAUGAAUUUUUAGAAUAUUCUUCUAUAAGACCUUCUUCUACUGUAAAUGUACAAGGUGAAUAAAAUAUUUUGAUGUGUUUAUGUUGUAUGCUAUAUAUAUAACUAUGCAGAGCGUGAACGAAUAUUUAGAAUGAAUAAAUAGAAGAGGAUUUACUACGUAUUAGACUAACAACAGACUUUUAAAUUAUAGCUUCUAAUGGACAAACACGAAAUAAUAAUUUAAAGGUUUUUUAUUUAAGAAAGGAAUAAACUUUUUUCUCAAUAUACUGUAGUUGUAUCAUCAUCACAGAGUCCUUGUCAGUAUUAUGAAUUCAGAUGUAACAAUGGAUACCAAUGUGUGCAUCAGUAUUAUGUUUGUGAUGGACGGAAUCAUUGCUAUGAUGGUAGUGAUGAAUGGAACUGUGGUAUGUAUUCAUACUAACUGAUCUGGAAAAAAUACCCCCUGAAUAUUCUCUCACAAAUUCUAAACUAACAACUUUUUGCACAUGGCAUUUAAUUCCUGUAUGGGUCAUGAGGAUUGGAGUCAUUCACGUCUCUGUGACCACACAUUGAAUUAAUAAAUAUUCAAUUGAACAGGGCCAUAGCAAUUGGCCUUUUAAUAGUUGGGGCCCCUGUUGAUUCAAAUGGUAGCAUAAACUAUAACUAACUAUGAACAUAUAUAACGUAAUGUUUUAUGAAUUUUUAGGAUAUUCUUCUAUUAGCCCUUCUUCUACUGUAAAUGUACAAGGUGAAUAAAAUAUUUUGAUGUGUUUGUUGUAUGCUUAAGUACAGUGCUUAUUUGCAAGAGUGUCGAACGAAUAUUUAGAAUGAAUAGUAUAGAGGAUUUACUAUGUAUUAGACUAACGACAGACUAUUAAAGUAUAGCUUCUAAUGGACAAAUGCGAAAUAAUAAUUUUAAGGUUUUCUAUUUAAGAGAGGAGUAAAUUUUUUUCUUAAUAUAUAGUUGCAUCAUCAUCACAGAGUGCUUGUCAGUAUUAUGAAUUCAGAUGUAACAAUGGGUACCAAUGUGUGUAUCAGUGGUAUGUAUGUGAUGGAAGGAAUCAUUGCUCUGAUGGUAGUGAUGAAUGGAACUGUGGUAUGUAUUUAUACUAACAUCUCAAAAAAUAUCCCCCUGAAUAUUUCCUGACAAAUUCUAAAUUAACAACUUUCUCCUCAUGGCAUUUAAUGCCUUUAUGGGUAUGAGGAAUGGAGUAACCACGCUUUGAAUUCAUAAAUAUUCGAUCAAACAGGGCCAUAACCGAAUUCCAUGUUGAUUCAAAUGGUAGCAUAAACUAUAUGAACAUAUAUCACGUAUUAUUUUAUGAAUUUUUAGAAUAUUCUUCUAUAAGACCUUCUUCUACUGUAAAUGUACAAGGUGAAUAAAAUAUUUUGAUGUGUUUAUGUUGUAUGCUAUAUAUAUAACUAUGCAGAGCGUGAACGAAUAUUUAGAAUGAAUAGAAGAGGAUUUACUGUGUAUUAGACUAACAACAGACUUUUAAAUUAUAGCUUCUAAUGGACAAACACGAAAUAAUAAUUUAAAGGUUUUUUAUUUAAGAAAGGAGUAAACUUUUUUCUCAAUAUACUGUAGUUGUAUCAUCAUCACAGAGUGCUUGUCAGUAUUAUGAAUUCAGAUGUAACAAUGGAUACCAAUGUGUGCAUCAGUAUUAUGUUUGUGAUGGACGGAAUCAUUGUUAUGAUGGUAGUGAUGAAUGGAACUGUGGUAUGUAUUCAUACCAACUGAUCUGAAAAAAAUCCCCCCUGAAUAUUCUCUCACAAAUUCUAAACUAACAACAUUAUCCACGUGGCAUUUAAUUCCUGUAUGGGUCAUGAGGAUUGGAGCCAUCCACGUCUCUGUGACCACGCAUUGAAUUAAUAAAUAUUCGAUUAAACAGGGUCAUAGCAAUUGGCUUUUUAAUAGUUGGGGCCCCUGUUGAUUCAAAUGGUAGCAUAAACUAUGAACAUAUAACGUAUUGUUUUAUGAAUUUUUAGGAUAUUCUUCUAUUAGUCCUUCUUCUACUGUAAAUGUACGAGGUGAAUAAAAUAUUUUGAUGUGUUUGUUGUAUGCUUAAGUACAGUGCUUAUAUACAAGAGUGUCGAACGAAUAUUUAGAAUGAAUAGUAUAUAGGAUUUACUAUGUAUUAGACUAACAACAGACUAUUAAAUUAUAGCUUCUAAUGGACAAAUGCGAAAUAAUAAUUUUAAGGUUUUCUAUUUAAGAGAGGAGUAAAUUUUUUUCUUAAUAUAUAGUUGCAUCAUCAUCACAGAGUGCUUGUCAGUAUUAUGAAUUCAGAUGUAACAAUGGGUACCAAUGUGUGUAUCAGUAUUAUGUAUGUGAUGGAUGGAAUCAUUGCUCUGAUGGUAGUGAUGAAUGGAACUGUGGUAUGUAUUCAAACUAAUAUCUAAAUUAAAAGGCAACUUCCUCCAUAUUUCUCCUAAUAAUACGACAUUGCUUUGAAAUUAAGGCUAUGAUAUAAUCAUUGUUUAAGUCAGAGACGUCGCUACGUCAGAGGCGUCGGGUGUGAGGGCACCCCCCCUAAUAAUUCAAAAGUUGGUCAAAGUUGUUAAGAAUGGAAAAUAUUUGGUUAAAGUUGGUCAAAGUUGCAGGUCCGACCUGACAACAGCUUGUUAAAGGUUGAGAAAAAUUUUGGAUAAAGUUUGGCAAAGUAAACAUUUGGUUAUGUUUGUCUGGAAAAAUUUUAAGCUUUGGUGAUGUUUUUUAAGACAUUCCUCCCCCGUCGACAACAUUUUUGGGAGAAAAACUUUUUCGGACUUGGUCAAUUUCUAUGAGCGGGUCGUCCCCCCCCCCCCCCCCCAUGUUCAUUCCUUUGCGACGUCCCUAGUUUAAGUACUACGUCUGCAACGAAUAUCCUUUAUUUCCGUAGAACAUACGGCACAACCAACACCAUCAGCGCCAACAACAUCUCGUUAUUGUUUACCCUGGGAAUUCCGGUGCAGAAAUGGCAGAUGUAUCAGCAAGGGUAAAGUUUGCGACAAUUAUGACAACUGUGGAGACGGCAGUGAUGAACGCCGUUUAAUUUGUCGAGGUAACGUCGUCAGAUUAGAAAUAAAGAUAGCUUGUGGAUAGGUAGAAACUACGAGGACGAUUUUUAACAAUGAUUUGCAAUAUAGAUGGCAGUUAAACGGAAUUGUAAUUGUUCUGCUGCCUGUCACGAUGCAAAUCGUUGUUGAAAAUAGUUCCGCGUAACAUCAUUCAACAGUUGAUGGUCUUUCUGCAGUUAUUAUGCAGAAUGAGAAAAUAAGUGAUGUAUUAAUAACUUAUGAAUUACUCGGCGUAUGAACAAAAUGUUUUCAUAUUCGGAAAGACCAGGCUUUUAGCUGAUGAAUGACAUUUUUUUUAGUUUAAUGAAGUGAAAUUCAUCAACUUAAGUCCUAAAGUGGGUUUUAGACCCAACUCUCAACGGGGAAAAUACGCGAUUCUGACUAACAUUUUUAUCGGAUUCGUAUUUGCUCAUUUGUUAUGAAAAACAUAUCAUUCAACAGCUAAAAAACCUAAAAGCCUGAUCUUUCCGAAUAUUAAAAAAUCUCUGUUAUACACAGAGUAAUUCAGAUGCAAUGCCGCGCUGAAGUUCGAUUACCUUUUUUCCGGGGUUUAAUUCUCACCGCGUCCAAGCCAUUUUUGAAAAUAUUAUCAUCUUUUUUUCCAGCUAACUUCACCAUAUGUCAAAACAAGUUGGAUUUUGGUUUUAUAUUGGACAGCUCUGGUAGUGUUGGACAACAUAACUUUGAACGAAUGAAACUAUUUGUCAAAGAUCUCACAGACUUCUACAAGCUAGGCUCUGAAGAGACACGAGUCUCCGUAAUGUCAUUUUCGGACUCGGCAAACAUUCACAUUGCGUUCUCGGCAUAUUUUUCGGAUAAAGACCGGUUUGACUCGGCCGUGGAUAGAAUUGAAUAUAAUGAUGGAGGGACUGCCACAGGAAUGGCGUUAAAUAUGGCGCACAACGAUAUGUUUACGUCACGUAAUGGAGCGAGGGGCUCAGGUAAAAACCUUGAACUAUGGGUAAGGACCUGUUCGUAUGAGCUCCCAGCUUUUCAGCUUUCCAUUUUGGUCGUGCCCCCUGUUCAUGCGAGAGACGAGCCGCCCAUCUUAGUCGCAUCAUUUUCAGUAAGAUCUCAGUCACCUAAUCGGGAUGGACAUUUUGGCCAAUUUUAAGGCUAAUUUCCACUCCGGAAAAUAAACAGCAGAUUGGACCGAAUCGGAGCUUUUCCGAUCCAGUCCGAUCCAUCAAGCGAUUUCCAGUAAAAAGAUCGGGUCGGAAAAGGAAAAAAUGGAGCUUGGUAUAUAUUUUUGAUUGGUUGCCAGAUUUGCCCCAAAAAGUUGAAAAUAUUUCAACUUUUUAUUCCGAUCAAUCGGAACCAAUAAUUUCUACUGAAGGCGCAUGCGCGGAUUUUGUUUUGUUCCGAUUCGGUCCGGAAAAAAUAAAUCGAUUCGAAAUAAAUAAAUCCUUAAAUUUCAGCCUUAAUUUUCUUAGAGUUUAAGAAGGUUUUGGUGAUCCUGACAGACGGCCGCAGUAACACAGGACAG